AUGUUCGGGCACCACCACCACCACGGCCACGGCGGGCACCAGGCCCCGCCGCCGCCGCCCCAUGAGCAGGAGACGCUGUACAGGAUCUUCUGCCGCGCCGACGAGGCGUACUGCCUCACCCACUGGUACAAGGACAUGAGGCACAGCACCAAGCUGAAGGACGCGGAGGGCCAGCCGGCGUUCGCGCUCGUCAACAGGGCCACCGGCCUCGCCAUCAAGCACUCGCUCGGCCAGUCCCAUCCUGUGAAGCUGGUGCCCUACAACCCGGAGUACCUGGACGAGUCGGUGCUGUGGACGGAGAGCCACGACGUGGGCAAGGGCUUCCGCUGCAUCCGCAUGGUCAACAACACCCACCUCAACUUCGACGCCUUCCACGGCGACAAGGACCACGGCGGCGUGCACGACGGCACCACCGUCGUGCUCUGGGAGUGGGCCAAGGGCCCCAACCAGAGCUGGAAGGUGCUGCCCUGGGGCGACGAGGCCUACGCGCCGCGCCCGCCAGGGCCGGAGCCGGAGCCAAGCUACGGUGGGUACCGCCCCCCGCCGGGCGGCCCAGCUGCUGGGGGCUACGCGCCGCCCCCACCAGGGCCGUACCCACCGCCUGCCCAGCCGGAGCCAGGCUACGGCGGGUACCGCCCCCCGCCGGGCGGCCCAGCUGCUGGGGGCUACGCGCCGCCCCCACCAGGGCCGUACCCACCGCCUGCCCAGCCGGAGCCAGGCUACGGCGGUUACCGCCCCCCGCCGGGCGGCCCAGCUGGAGGCUACGCGCCGCCCCCGCCUGUGCAGGACCCUGGCUACGGCGGCUACCCUCCGGCUCCGGGCAACCCCGCCCCGGGGUACGGGCCCCCCGGGUACGGCAACCUGCCUCGCGCGCUCGCGUCUGAGCCCACCGUGCGCGUCUUCUGCAAGGCCGGCGACGGGUACAGCCUCACCGUCAGGAACGGCACCGUGUCCCUGGCACCAACCAACCCCAGGGACGAGUUCCAGCACUGGGUGAAGGACAUGAGGCACAGCACUCGCAUCAAGGACGAGGAAGGGUACCCGGCGUUCGCGCUGGUGAACAAGGUCACCGGCGAAGCCAUCAAGCACUCCCUGGGACAGAGCCACCCGGUUCGUCUGGUGCCCUACAACCCGGACUUCCUGGACGAGUCGGUGCUGUGGACUGAGAGCCGCGACGUCGGGCACGGCUUCCGCUGCGUGCGCAUGGUGAACAACAUCCACCUCAACUUCGACGCCUUCCACGGCGACAAGGACCACGGCGGCGUCCACGACGGCACCACCGUCGUCCUCUGGGAGUGGGCCAAGGGCGACAACCAGCGCUGGAAGAUCCUGCCCUGGUGUAAGUUCUAA